CAUCAUCAUAGUAACCCGGGAAAGGCGACCUCGGAGGCGGGUGGCGACAUUUCUUUGAAGGAAUCUCACAGCGAAACACGGGAGACGUUGUUCUCUGGACUAACUCUGAGGCGAUGGGUGAAUGUAGAAAAAAGUUGCUGGAUUAGUUGGCAAAACUGCUAACUGACACUGGUUUUCCACAUCGUUAGCUGAUGCUAACGUUAGCAAACAUACAGCUGAACGAAACUGAAGAAGUCGCCCGGAGAACUUUGGAUUUUCUUAUCAUGAGGAUAUCGACAUAAAUGCGGACAUCUAGACGCACCGGAUCGUUUCACUGAAGGUGAGUGGGAGAGAUGAGGAGCAGCAGGAGGACUGAGGCAUCUCUUAAAAGUUCUGCUCAGCACCUUUCUGAUCAUAAUGUUGGCACAGAGCUGACAGCUGCAUGGAAAAGUUUGGCUCAGUCCAAAGUUGCUUUGCGGCACAUAGAAAAUCGUAUAGAAGCAGCUCCAGGAACAGGAGUUAUCCUGGACUCUGUCAUUGACUCUAACAAGAAGAAAUCUUCUAGGGCCCACCACAGAGAUGGACGACAAGUUGAUGACAUCAGAGGGUCUUCAAAGCCCAGAGGUCGAAGUCAGCAGAGCCCAGAAAAGAGCAGCUCACGUAGCCCCUUGAGGAAUACCACCCAGGACAGAAAUGUCAGAAGAAACAACAGCGUGGAAUUCAGGGAACCGCUGGCCUCAUACAGAGAGGCCACCCCACCACCGCAUCCUUCCUCUCAGCCAGAGGCCUACAGUCAGAAGUUGGUGCCAGGGUCUUUGUACCCAUCCUCUCCUCCCCGCUUGGAUUCUCUGCCCAGCCAGCUGGUCUACCAGAAACACACCAUAGACAAGGAGGCUGACAAGGACCUAGACAGCACACGCUCCUCAGGUCGGGAGAGCACUGAGGUGCGCUACCUCAAUGACCAGCCAGCCCUGGAUAGCAUAAGGACUAAGGAAAGCAGCCCCAAAGCACAAGUUGGCAUGGAUAGCCAACAGUCAAGCCCAUGUAUUGCUUCCACCCCAGGCUCUUUUCGACAAGGGGACAGCACGCCAUCCACCAGCCCUGGUUCAGCUUCCCAGCGGUUGGAAAACCUAAGACGACAUCAACCCGACGACAAGCUGGAGAAACUCAAAGAGCGUAUUCGAAGGCAGAGACAACAUCUGGAGGAGGCUGCAGAGAGGGAGAAGCUGAUGGGGAAUCUGGAACAGCCUUUAGCCACAUUUGUUGAGACUAAUGAUGCUGGUAAAAGCAACAAGCCGACAGCCAAAAUACGCAAAGUAGCAGCUGGACCACCUGCUCCUAUAUACAAAGGUUUCAACAGUACAGAGACAAAGAUCCGGACUCCUGAUGGGAAGGUUUGGAAGGAAGAGGACUUCCAUAACCUCAGCAGAGAAUUUUACAGAGACCUGUCGGAGCAGUUUGCUGAGAGCACCAGACAUAGGCACCAACAGCAGAGGGAACAGAGAGCAGACAGGUCCAAAGAGAGGAGGCCUCCCAAAACCAUUAGGAAGGUCCACAGAGCUGCCCCUGCCUCUGACCUAAAUCCAAAACCAGCGAUCAGCCCUGCGUCAUGGCGAGAGGGCCAGAAGCUGGUGAAGAUGGUACUAGGUCCACUUCCUAAGCUGCCCAGAGAGGAGGACAGUCUACAUGCAGCUGACUUAUUGAGCCGAACAGAUUCCCGCCACCGCUCAGAUCUACGCUCAGAAUCAAAGCGACGAUCACGCCCAAACAGCACAGAGCGGCCGUGCAGUGGAUUUCAGGGACAGUCACAAAGCCACCUCACACCAACAUCUAUCCCUCAGGACAAGGUUCCAGGAGGAUUAAGCUCAGACCUGUUGUCAGCAGACAUCCAGGGAAUACUGGAUGACCUUCAGCUGGAGUGCAAAGCAGCUGAGAAGGACGAGAGGGCCCGAAAAAGGUCCCGGGGUAGCAGCAGUGGUAGGAGAGGGAGAGGGGGCUCAGGGUCACGAACAAGGACGCCCGUCUCUACUUGGGGAACUACUGCGGCAGCAUAUGGCUCAUCGAGAGUUUGUCGCAGUGCCAGCCCCACUACACAUCAUCCAGAAACUACCAACAUAAUUGACGCAAAGCACAAGAAAAGGCACUAUGAUGCAGAUACAGUACGCCAGUACAUUGCCCGGCAACAAGAAGAGAGAAAAAGGCGUCAGGCGGACGAGAAGAAGGCGAUGAGGGAGGAAUCGGAGAGGAGACACCAGAGACUGCAGGAGCUCUACAGGAAGCAAAGAGAGGUUGCUAGAACUGUGACAAUCCCCACUGAGACUCCUGUGGCCCCUGUACAAAAGCGACUACAAGAGACCUACAACAAACUGCUGAUGGAGGAGGCCCAGCUGGGCGAAGGGGCCAUGCAGACACUCCCUGCAGUUCCUUCUACUCAGCUGAGACCAAUGUACCAGCCCUCAGGAGAGUCGGACAAAGAGAACAAACGACUAGAGGCACCCCAGAGCCCAUCAAGCAGUGAUAGGUCUUUGAAUGAUCAUCCACCACCUCCAUUAACUAGGGUUGAUCUUGAUCUUGGAGUUGCCCCUUUGCCUCAUCACGAACGUUUGUACCCACCUGUUAGACCUUUGACUGGACCCAGCGGCACUGCUCAAGGAUCUGAUGAUGACCGUCUCUUCUCUCAACUCUUAAGAAUAGAGGCAGAAGUGGCUGCUAGUAACAGCAUGAAAACCCUGCGACCAGCCACAGCCCCUUCCGGCAGGUCCCGGUCCAAAAUGUCCCGCAUCGAAGCCAUCAGGGCCACAGCUGCAUCCCUCUCUAACCGCAUAGAAAGUGAGGCACGGAAGCUUGCUGGGGAAGGCAUCAACUACGGUAAUGCAACAUCAAUGGAUAUGGAUACUGUUUUAGCGCCUAGGCCCUCUGUUCUUGUUGAUGGAUGGGCAGGAACGGCAGCACGUGACACAGAAAAAGAUAACAUGGCUCUGAGGAUCCAGAAGAUUUUGACUACCACAAAUUAUAGUUCAUACAAUGGCACAGCUCUGCCAGGAGCAGGCAGUCUGCAUUCCUUCAGGGAGCAGAAGCUGAAGAAUGGUAAACAGACUUCUGUUGAUGUAAUCGAUCCCAUCUUUAACAGUUACACACAAGAAAGGGGGAAGCUAGUCAAUGGCUUGGAGAAGGAAGCAAGAAUGAAUAAAAUAUCAGAAAGGAAACAAAUCAUGGACGAGGGGGAGAACAGGACAGAUCUCCAUGAUUCGAGUGGUGGAUCUAUUAGUGAGGGUCCUCUUCUGAGUGAAGGGAGUUUUUCUGAGGAUGAGCAAAGUCCUCCUCACCCCUCUAGAUAUAAUUAUGUACCUAGACCAGCAGAUCGCCUGGAAGCGGCGGACUACUGUGCACGUCAAAGAAAGGAUUACCAGCGACUGAUGGAUUUCCAGCGGGAAGCAGAGAAAUGCUCAGGCCUUAGCUUAUCCUUUGCACAGCAGGACCGGGACAAAGCAGUUUGGGAAGAGCUGAACAAAGGAAGCCCUCUGAGCGUAAUCAACAUCUUCACUAAAAACCAUCACAGCCACGUUAAAGGUGAGUUCACAUUGAGUGAUAGAAAUGUGGAGAGGAAUUCUCCCUCCGCCCAUUCUGUGGCCUCUGGAAAUGGACCUGGAGACGCAGCAGUCUAUGAAGAUGACUUUGUAUCAUCACAUAGCAGCAAAGCCAGUGGGCAAAUAAAGAGAAGCUCCAAUUCCCCCAGUGUGAAUAAUCACUUUGAAGAACUGAUGAGGAGGUCACCUUAUGAAAAAAGUACAGAUUGCAGUCACUCCCACCAUUCAUCCUUUCAGUCAUCCAAUCACUCACAGCACCUUUCCUCUGGUUCAACACCUGUUUCCUCGCCCCUCUCCAGGCACGCUGCCAGAAAAAGAGGAACAGUAUCAGAUCAGAGUGACACCACUCUUGUAGAGGAGCAGAGGAGCUCUUGCUCUCCACCCUCGGAAGCACUAUCGUCUGAAUCCAGAAAGGGAGGCUCAGACAAAAACUCUUCCCAUACCCAGGCCAAGAGUGUCCACUCUAAUGACACACUAGGGGAAGCUUCAGGCUAUUCUCACCAACAGUCCAGAUUGGUUUCCUCUACUAGUUCUCCAAUCCCCCGGUCUCCUCCAACAGCAGAAUCUCCCAAUGAGCUUUUGAGAAAUGCGUCCAACCAGAACACGGGCACUUUAGCUCCUGGUGGUAGAGCAGAGACCAAGUCCACUGGUGAACUACAGUAUUCACCUGGUGUCCUGCAGCAACGUAUGACAGCAGAACUCCAUUAUUUGGACUCAAUUGAGGAGUCAUUCAGACAGUUGGGGGAUGUGGAAAGGUUAAUGGGUGUGUCCAUGGCACAGCAGGAGAGUGCAUCGUUGGCCCAAAUGCUCAAGGCCAAGCAGCAGCGCCAUGAACGUGAGCUCUACGAGCUGAAGAUCAAGGCCGAACGAGAAGCUCUUGAGACAAAACUACAGCUGGAAGAAAACCGGCAGAGAGUGGCCAGGGCUCAUAUAGAACUGCAGGAAACCUUGGCAGCAUCUCAAAAAGAGACUUUGGAAGGCCUCCAGGAAUCAACUACUAAGAUGAUGACUCAACAGGCUGAGGCAGCGCAGUACACAGCCGAUGCUGCCCGACACAUCAAAGAGAUGACAGAACUAGUCCGCUCGCAGAUGUCAGGAAGUGUGAUUGUCCCUCCUGUUGCCACUGAUUCCUCCACAGUGGAGCAAAGAAAAGAAAAUGACACUUUCUCGAUGGAGCAUCGACAGGAUAACGUAGACUCUGACAGCUUUCAGAGUGAACCAUCAAACAGAAGGACCAGGUCAGAGGAGCCCCUCUCUUCACUGAGCGCGAGUCCUUCUGACUCACUAUCAUUCAGGAAACCGAAUCUCAGUGGAUCUGCCUCAAGCAGCCAACACAGCCCAUCACAUCACUUAUCAAACCAUGAGGAGCAGAUGAAAAAAGAGGCCAUAGAGGGGAAAUGGAGGAAUAGUGGACUUGAGAAAAGGCCAAAACAGGAAGCAGCCAGCAGCUCCAUAGAAGAGGAAGUUCCAGCAGCAGCAGCAAAUGACUCCAUCUGCAGUGACAGUAUUCCAUCUGUACUGGAUGAAAAAGGAGACAGUACAUCAGUGGCCACAGAGUACUCGCUCAAGUUUGACGAGUCCAUGACAGAAGACGAGAUAGAAGAGCGUUCCUUCCGCUCUCUUCUGCCAUCUGAGGCACAUCGCCGGGGAACUAUGGAGAAAAAAUCCCGCCACCACGAGGAGUCGGAGGAUGAUGGAGCCAAUCACAGCACAUUGGUUUCAGGACCAGGGCUGCACAAUUCUUUUAAGUCACAGGACUCAAAUAUAGCCUUCUCUGGUGGACAGGACAGCUUUUCCCAGUUCACCAUGGACAUGGUUCGCCAGUACAUGAAAGAUGAGGAGGUAAGACUGCAGCACCAGAGCUCUCUGCUGCGUCUUCGCCAGAAAGCACUCAAGGAGAAGACCAGAACAGAGCUGGCCUGGCUAGAGCACCUGAAAAAGAAGCUGAGAGAUAAGGGAGAGGAUGACAAAAUGCCACCAAUCAGGAAGAAGCAGAGAGGCCUUCUCUUAAAGCUACAGCAGGAGCAGGCUGAGAUCAGGCGACUUCAGGAGGCCAACAAAGCUGCGAGGAAGGAAAGGCAGCUGUUGCUGAAACAGCAGGAGGAGAUUGAACGGAUGAGAAACUCAACACUCAGGCUGAAGGAACGUCUCAAGUGUGCUGGGAUUGAAGCGCCUCCUGAGACCCCGGUGUCAGAAACCCCAGGGUCUGAGCCAGCUUCCCCAGAUAUGAGGCAUGCUGAUGAUAACCGCAGCCCCUCUCCCUCACUCUCUGUCUCUGGAAGUGAGACUAGCAGCAUCAUGCAGAAGCUCAAGAAGAUGCGCUCUCACAUGGAUGAAAAACACUGUUCUCCUGUCCACUACUUCUUCUCUGUGUUCACGGCCCAUCACUGGGCCUCCCUCAGUGUCUGUCUUCCCAACCUUCACCCUAAAUUCCAGCUCUUUAUCUACAACCAGUUGGUCAGGUUCCUGACCAAACGAGAACAACAGCUGAUGCAAAGGCGUCACCAUGCUGAAGAGCUGCUACAGUGGAAGCAGCGACUGGACAAAGAGGAGGCAGAGGUCCGAAGGAUGGAGAAAGAGGCCCUGGCUGCAUGGGACCAGAAAACACUUCGGGACAAUCAUCUUGACAUGUCAGAGGGACAGGAAAAGGACAUCUCUGAUAUAAGCUCCCAACCCAGUCACCGCCGAAGCUCAGAGCCCAGAACUGACAGCGAGAAAGAGGAUGUUAGCGAGGGCGACUGUUCGUCAGUGACACCCGAGUCCAGUAUACACACAGAGGGACCGGCUCCCCCUGCCUCAGUCUCUGAAAUAACUUUGGCCUCCGUCCAGGGCAGCCCUGCAAAUUACACCCAGGACUUCACUUCAGCAUCACAGUCACCUACAAGUCAACUACGUUCUAAUGCUCCUGAAGGGAGCCACAGCCCUGCUGCAUCUCCUUCAGAGGGCAGCAGUAAAACAAAGAUGCAGCUCCGCUCCACCUCCCGGACACCUAUCCGCCCCUGCACUCAGCCCACCGACCCUCCAAUGGCCACACAAUCUGAAACCAUUUCAGACCAGAGUGACAUAGAGAGCCGUAUCAAGGCGCUCAAGGAAGAACUCAAAAAACGUAAGUUAAUGGCCUACCAGCUAAAGAAGGAGCAGAAGAAGCGACAUAAGGAGCGGCUGAAGGCAGAGGAGGCGAGUCUGUUGAAACAGCUGGAGAACUAUAACAACUUCAUUGAGAAAACUAAGGCAGAACUUAACAAGGAGCCAGACUCAACACUUGAUACCAACUCCCAGAUCAACGAGUCCAACUCUGUUUUAGAGCAUCUUCCAUCUUCACACAGGUCUGAACUCAUCAAAAUCUCAGGGUCUGAAAGGACACAAAUUGAUGCAUCAUUAGAUCAUCAUGCCUUUCCUAAGCUACAUCUAAGUAGAUCCACUUCAUUGCCUGGAGACGUGUCUGUUGAGGCGCCUCAAAGGGUCACUCCGGGUGUGGCAAUAUCCGGCAGCCCAGAAAGUCCAACCUCAGGACAGAGGAAUCAUCAGUCUACAGAAGAUCUUAUUAGGCAGCACUCCACAGAAGACAAGUCAGAAUAUGCAGACGAGAAUAUUGUGUCUGAUUAUAGAUCUGAUAUUCAGGAAGAGCUGGAGGUGGAAAUAAGCUCCAGAGUCGAGGAUGAACAAACUCAGCAUCUUCUAAAACUGGAAAAUGAAGACAGACUUGACUCUCAGGAGAGGUUGCCUACAUCUAAACGUGUUUCCUCUUCUGUGGAUGAAGAACAACAACAUUCAUCAACUGUUAGCCUUGAACAGGGAAAUCAGAUGAAGCAGAGUGAAGUAUCUGAUGUAGAGGAACCUUUACAGCCAGACGUUAUUGCCUCUAGUCAGCCACAUUCAGCGGUAGCGGACCUCAAAACCUCACCGCAUCAAACCUACAAUUCUGCAUCUAUUGACCAGUCCCAGUCCCCAGACUCAGAUGCUUUUGGUUCAAUGAAGGAGGCUUCCAUAAAAGAUACUGAGGCUUCUCCAGUAGCAGAUGGUUAUCACGAUGACUUUGAGUCAUCAGUGGAUUCUUCAUCCAAGGAAGAACAUCAUAGUUCCAAGGCUGAGUCUCAAACCUCCCACGUUUUCUCCCACGAAAUCAAGGGUUCAAGAAAAGACACAUCUAGCAGGGGCCUGGCAUUUGACAGCCCGGAUGAAAUUGUAGAGGAAGAAAUAGCUGAAGAUCUGAGUCACCAUUCUGGCAUCAGUGUGCCUAGCCAUAAAUCUGGAAGACUGCUGGAUCUCAAUAAGCAGGCAGUAGAUUUUAAACGGGACAAUGAGAGCAUUAAUUCCAGACACUCACAAACCAUCUAUUCUCUGCAGGUCCCCCUCUCUCCUGUUAUAGAUGAAAUGCCGGAUUUUUACAUUGGAGACCGAGUUCUUGUUGGUGGUGUUCAGCCCGGCACUUUGCGAUUCAAAGGUCCAACCAGUUUCGCCAAUGGUUUCUGGGCAGGUGUGGAGCUGGACAAGUCUGAAGGGAGCAACAAUGGCACUUACGAUGGAGUAGUAUACUUUGAGUGUGAAGAGCGCCAUGGUAUAUUCGCUCCACCCGACAAAAUCACACACCUCCCGGACAAGUUUGAGCUCUACACUGAUACCACAGAAGAUGAGGACUCAUUCUUUGAUGACUUGUCAGGUAAAGAUAGAAAUGAACCUAAAACUGAGGACGGCAAUUUCCGAAUGCAAGAAAAUCUCAACAGGGAAAAUGAACAGACCUCUCACAAAGAGACUGGGUCAAAUGAUAAGAAGGAAAUGGAUGGCUGUAUUCUCAAGAGCCAGGAUCCACAUUGGGAGAGACCCCAGCUCAAUUCACAACAUCACAAAGAAUCUAAGCAUCAAUUUUCUGAUGAGAACAUUAAGGACAUGAUGUUGAAUUUUGAAGAUGCAUCGCACACUCUCAUCAUCUCUGACUUGGAUAAAACAGGUCAGGUGAUGGAGAGUGAAAAGGAGAUUACAGCCCUUGUUGAAAAAGAAGACAUAGAGUCACAUGAUGAUAAGAGGAAAGAAAAGAGCAAGGAUUUGCUGGACACAGUUGCAGACAGGCUUGUCAACAACUUUGUGAAAGACGCUCUUAAACAGUGUGCUGAAAUUAAAAGGGCAAAAGAGCAGAAGAUUGAAGCUGCCAACCAGAUGAAUGGAGACCUGUUUGGUGAAAAUGCUGAAGAAGAAGAAGAAAAAGAAUGGAAAUCUACAGUGGAUCAAAAAGAUGAUCUACCCUUCUUUCUCCCAGUUGAAAAGGAGGAACUGUCCUCUCCAGAACUGUGUAACCGACCGGAGAGUCCAGUGUUGGGAGCCAGUGGUCAAGAAGAGCUCGCUAAGCGUCUAGCAGAGCUGGAACUGAGCCGUGAACUUCUCGAUGACCUCGGUGAUGAUCAGGACUGGUUUGAUGAAGACUUUGGCCUUAGCUCCCGCAGGAAACAGCAGAAACUCAAAGAAGAAGAGGCACGGCUGGGAGCGGGAUUUGGGAGAUCUAGCUCAUCAGCUGGCCCAGCUACGGGGGAAAUGGGUUCGUCAUCAGGUGGAGAACCCCAGGUAAAGACGCCACCUAGACCGGAGCUGCCUCUCCCCUUGCCUCCUAAACUACCUGAGCAGCCUGCCAUGGUGGUACCCCACUCAGCUGUAGAGGUGGAGAAGAUGGUCCAUGCUGCCACACAGGAGCUCUGGGACAGCUUUGACCUCGGGAACAAGGGAACGCUGAUUCAUGGACAACUGCCAAGUCCACAACCUUCACAAGAAUACCUUGGUAAAGAGGACAGCACCCAGAACCAGGAGUCACUGUCCAUUCGCAGCUACAGAAAGGCUGUGUAUGACUUAACGUGGGAGAUCCUUCAGGAGAUCUAUGCUGAAGACCCCAAUACUAAUCAGCCUCAGUGGGUCAAACCGCGUAGAGUCAAGUCCUCUUCAUUUCACAAUGUCAGGACACCAGGAGACAUCAAGAAGAUCCAGGAAUUCAUCACAGAAGAAGUACUGAAGCUUUAUGGUCUGACAAAAGACCAGAACCAGAAGAACGACUGGCAGAAGAUGCUCAAGUUUGGAAGAAAGAAGCGGGACAGAGUCGAUCACAUACUGGUUCAGGAACUCCACGAGGAGGAGGCCCAGUGGGUCAACUAUGACGAGGACGAGCUGUUUGUCAAAAUGCAGCUAGCAGACAGCAUCUUCGAUUCUUUACUUAAGGACACAGUGAAUGUGCUCACACUAAUUUCUGACAAGAGGGCCAACAGAGACACCCUCUCCUGAUGGCUUUCUGCUCGGAUUUAAACUACAACUUCUAGCUCAAUCCCGUUCUUUCCCCACCACGGUGAACUCCAGCCAACCUGUCGCUGCUCGGGCUUCCACCAGCUGAUGUGCCAACAGCAACCCUCUGAUGCCUUCAGUCCCAGUAUUACCUCGCAGCUAAACAAAUUGUCCUUAGUUCUCCGACAUUCAUUGGCUGAAUUGCAUCAGCUGACUGUAAUAGCGACAACGGUCGCGCUCAAAACGCCUGUUGAGCAAUCCCGCCUUCUAAAACCUUAACACAACGAGUCUGAGCUCUCACCUGGACCGUUUUGCAGACUGCUCAGUUGGAGAAUGGGUAGAUGUGGUGAUGCGAUGUACUGUGCCAUUUGCAAGCAUGCGAAAGUCCAUGAAUGCUGCUAAGUUGAUCGUUCUGUCGUGGACUUUGGAAUAACAUCCACUCACAACAGUAGUAGAUAAUUCUUUUGAAUUGUUAAAUCUUUAGGUAAAUAUAUAUAUAUAUGUGGAUUCAAAAAUUGUAAUAGAAUAACAAAUGAGCAAUAUAAAGUGCAGUCUGAUUUGACAGUGAUACAUUAUAGCCUUGGCUUUGUAAUGCAGCACAUUGAAACUAAACAGGUUAAAGUACCAACUCUAAGCUUUAAUUUGAAGGUUUCGCAUCCAUACCCAGUGAUCUGGGGGGUAAUUGUAGCUCUUUUUAUUCACAGUCCUCUUUGCAGGGUUCAUGUUUGUGCUUGUUUACGGGGACUUUUAGAUCGCUUUCUGGUCUUUGGCAAAUACAGCACCUGCUUAGUUGGACUCGGGUCAAGUGAUUUGUCUACCAGUAAUGGUAAAAUUCAACUCUUUGGCUCACAAAGCUCAUGGUUUGCUUUGACCGCAAGUUUACUAAAGGCUUGCUCCACGUUCUGUCUAUGAAAAAUUAUUUCAGCCAUUACGGUUUAAAGACCAUCAAACACCUUUAAAGCAGAGAGUUGGACCUUUAAAUAGUCAGUGCUGUAUUACAAAUCUGGAGUUGCAACACUUUGUCUCUGAUCAGAUCUGGACAGACUUUGCUGUGUUGGACCGCUGAGUUCAAAUAGUCUAUGAAACAUGUUUGCCUCCUUAAUUAUUUAUUGCGUGAAAAUGUUUAAUAGAGGCACAAAAAACAUUCAGAAUUGUAAAUGAUCUUGUAAGUAAACAUACAGAGAAGAGCUCCUUUAAACUUUGUAUAAAGAAAGUCUAACAUUAUUGUAAAAGCACAAAUAAAAAAUGUGAAUAUGGCAAUACAUUAGGGAGGAGAAUCCAGGCAAAGAAGAUGGAGAAAUGUGUUUUAAAUAUUUAAAGGCGUACUCUUAAUAAUCGAUUGAAUCUGUUUGACUAAACUGUGUGACUUUUUGUUGUGGCCACAGCUGUCCAGUUGGUCAACACAGUCAGUGCGUUCCUCCUCCGUGCUGUAUGCUAAUUUUAGGAAGCAUGUUCACAUCGUAGCACAGUGUUGACCACAUAGAGAAACCUUAUCAACUGGUUUCUCUAUGUGGUAGGUGUGAACCCAACCGACACUUUAGUAUGUAGCAUGAAAGCGGAAGAGAAACAACUGCAGUAGGCUGAUGUUUUUACACUUACAUUAUGGGACAGUACUGAAAUGCUGGAUUUGAACCUUAGCUAUCCUACGGUCCAUUUACUUUGUCUUAUCUGAGAAAACACCCGUGGUUCUCUUGAUUCUUUAUUAUUUACUCUCUGAAAGGUUUGUUUGCAUAACAUUUGCCCUAAAAUAAACACCCUGUCAUGUAAAACCACGGCCGCUGCAAGACAUCGACAAGUUCAAACGAGGCAUCACGAUGUCGCCAGAAGUAGUCUUACUCCAUAUUCAGUUCAAGUGCCUUUUUCAAGUUGAGUUGUUUGUUUCGAACUGACUUUCUUGAUCUCUCUGCAUCAUUUGGACCUAUUUUCUUCGAAUGUCUCCCUUAAACUGCUGUAUACUACCGUUUUAUAAAGGAUCCUACGAAGGCUGCUCUUCUUCUGACCAGUUAACCAGUGCUUCAGUUUCUGCCUUAUAGAUAUUUCUGUGUAGUAGAGACAGUUUUUUAAAUCUCCUCUUGCUUCUGUGCCUCAGCCUGAGGAAAUGUUUGCGUCUAACCUGCUUCUUAUCAGGCCAGCCCAUGUGUCUGUGCAUAUAGACACUGUUGAGUCAUGUUAUUGAUGUACUGUAUCAGGAACAAGUGGCUCAAGCUGACAGGCUGCACAGUGUGAGUCAUUGAGCUGAUGUGGUUCAGCACGUAGGACUGUAUCUAAGGGCUUUUUUUUUUUUUUAGUCCCACUGUCAGUGUGGCUUUGAUCCAACAAACUGUAGAGACUCAUUGUGGCAUGUAUGAGAGAGCUUGUUAAUUCUCACUGACUGUUUGGAGCUAAAGUGACCUUAAACUGAGUCUUUUUCUUUUCUUUUUCCCCUUACUGAUGGUGUUUUAAUACGUGUUAAGGUGUAUGUUCAAACUGUACAUAAUGUAGGAAAAGACCAAAAAUGUUUGAUACCAGUCUCUCCUUGCUAUAUAUGACAUUUAAGUCUGGUCUGUAAUGGUGACAUGAUUAGUAUCUUAGAAACGUUUUCUGCAAGGCUUUAUUGCAGCUCCUCCGUCUUUGUCCUCUUCAAUUGAUUGUAUGUUGGUGGAAGCUAAGUUCCCCUCUGUAACUAUGCAGUACUUGGUUGUACUUAUUGUUUUGUGUGUCUGGACCAAACAGUUUAAGACCUCAGCUGUAGUCUGUAGAUUAACUAAGCCUUCAAGUAGCUUGAAGCUGUUUGGUGUAGCGGUGUCGUUCCUAUCGUCUGGUCCGAGGUCUUCACAGGGAGGCGGAGCACCUGCCGUUUGAUCUCUGUAACUAAAUGAAAAAGUAGGCACAAGAUGUUUGAGUAUCAUAUUGACAAGUCUGAUUAGAUUUCCCUGAAUAUUUAUAAUAAUGUGCUGUGAGUGUGCUGCAAGUGCACUUGAAAAUUAGUACAAUUCUUUUAUGGGUGUAAAUAUACUGUUUGUCCAAUCUGACCCACACUUACCGUAACCUUAACGAUUGUUGUAUAAAAAGGAAAAAAAACACUGUUUACUUUGCAAAUAUGUACAUAGUAUAUAUUUGUUUACUAAAUGAAAUUUGAAACUGUAAAUAAAGCUUUCAUUGUUUCUAAAGGAA